AUCGGUCUCUUCUCUAUCUGCAGACGACAAACAAACAAAACCAAGAACCUAAAAGCAGAACACAUCUUAAUAAGCAAGAGAAACCUACACAGAAUUUAGAAGACACAGAGACAUGGGUUUGGAUUCAGUGGGAGAUUUAGCUCUCAACAUAAUCUUAACAAAAUUGGGUCCAAAAGAGACAGCAAAAGUAUCAUGUGUUAGCAAGAGGUUCAAGGAUUUAGCCUCUGAGGAAUCUCUCUGGUCAUUAUUUUGCCUUCAAGAUCUAGAUCUAUCUGCCCCUCUUGACCAUCAUGGAAACCCUUUACCCUCUUUUAAGGCAACUUAUAAGUUAUGGAGAGAAGCUUUUUGCAUGUAUCCAUGGUCCCUUGUAAAGCGGGUUAAAAGUUGUUGGGACAGGCUGAAGAGCUGGUUAGCCACAAACUUUCCUGAAGUUAAGGCUACUCUUGGAAGGGGUGCAUCAGAAGGUGAGAUUCAAGAGUUUGAAAGAAUUUUGAAAGUUAAGCUGCCUCUUCCAACAAGACUUCUCUACCGCUUUCAUGAUGGUCAAAACUUAACAGGUGAAAAUUUGAACACUGAUGUGGCUGACUGUCUAUUGGGCCUGAUAGGUGGUUACUGUUUUUAUGAUCACUUGGUUAAUGUCUACUUGUUACCCCUACAUGAGGUGAUCUUGGAAACACGGGAGAUAGUACGCCACCUGGACUUACCCAAUGGAUCACAGUUUAUUGUUGUGGCUGCCUCAUCCUCAGACAUUGGAAAGUUUUUCUUCCUGAACUGUUCUGAUGGCCAACUUUAUGUUGGGACUCGGAAUCUUCUGACAAUUGGAGAAAUGAUCCCAUGUGUACCUCAGGCAUUAAUUAGUCCAGUCCAUGAUUUCAACGUUGACCAACAACAGGAUGCUAUGCUGUUAUGGUUAGAAGAACAUGGCCAUCGCUUGCAGAAUGGCAUGAUCAAACUUCGGGAUGAAGGAAAUAUCAAAAGUAUCUCUCUUUUUCCAGAAGAAUCUCCUCUCUGCUCAACUGCUGUAACCAAUGGUGUAAAGGUUCGCGCUUCUGCUAUUUUUGUGCCAGAGGCUGUUGAUCUGCUAGAUAUCUCUAGAAAAUACUUGUUUGCUUAUUCAAUCCGCAUGUCCCUUCCACCAGAAGGAUGCAUCAUCAAUGGAAUGCGCUUCAGCUCUUGCCAACUGCAUUUGAGGCACUGGGUUAUCAGUGCCAAUGAUACUGUCGUAUCCAAUGUCAAUGCAGAGGCUGUGAUAGGCAAGAAUCUCAGACUUAUCGUUUAUGUUUGCAGUUCCCCCUCUUACUUCCAGGUGAGAGAGAAUUUGUUUAUGAGAGUUGCACACCUCUGCAAUCUCCUACUGGCUCUGUUAAAGGUUCUUUCACAUUUGUCCCUGGCAGAUUGACAGAUCCAAAAGGAGGGCCAUUUGAAGCUGAAGUUGCCCGGUUUCCCCUCCAACUGCCAGACUACAUUUUCUGAUGAUCGUUCACCAGGUUGAAAGUCCUCAAUAAAGAACAAUCGUUUCCUUGUUAAUAAUUGUAACAAAGUCCCGGUGUCUUGGAAAAAACCUUAUUGCGUUUCCUGCCGGGAAAACACAUUUCAUUACACAUCUCCAAAAUCAAAAUCCCAGUUCCAAACCAACAUCCAGAAGCAGAAACUUUAGCUAAAAAGUGUGUCCAUGUCUUCCAAACUUUUGUUUCUGGCAAAUAGAAGAAAUAGAAGACCCAAACUACCAAUGUGGACUCCGCAAGGAAAAAAAAGCUAACUCCAUUUGAGCAACCGUGGCGCAAUAACAAGAGUACUAUAGCAAAAAUAAUCUUAACAAAAAGACUAUUGUAAUCACUGCAAAAAUAAUCUUACUUGCUGCGGCUCCUACAAUGAUGCAUGUUGCCUCGUCGGAAGGAUUUCUGACAGUAAACCCAGGUAAUUGUUCCUAACCUUGCUGAAGAGCUGGCUGAAAAAAAUGAACGUAGUAUUAGAGCUCCUAACAACUUUGAUGUGCCUUCGCAACUAUUUUUUGGCCAAGGUACGUGAGAAGUUGUUGGGUUUUCUAGCACCACAUGCCUUCAUGGUAGUAUUUCUUGAGCUUGCUUUUAAUUGGGGUUAGGGCCUUUUCCUUGAGUUUAUUAUAUCUAAGAGAUCCUUUCGACGGGGAAGCAACAGGCAAAGAGCAUCACUAUGGGAGUCACAUUGAGUAAGAUUAUUGAUGUAGUGUUUGUCAUUGCACUAGAAUUUCUCCAAUGGAGUUUGCUUCUUCUUCCUUGCAGGACCCCCCUAGGUAGCUCGGGCCUUCUGUUUCUUCUAUCAGAAGACAGGGAGACAGUCCAUGGUUUUGGAGUGUUGGUGGUCAUGGUACCAGUAGGAUCUCUUAACAUGAACACAAUAAGAUGGUGAGGGACAUGAAACGACACAACUUUCCUCAUCUUAUGCAAGGUUUAUGUAGGGAAUUUUAUUUUGAUAAAUACUUGUACUCUAAAACUCAGUUGAUGUCUCCCAAGAACUGUGAGCUUUAUGAUCAGUAAAUGUUACUUUAGAAUUC